AUGAAUAUUGGUGAUAAUUUAUCAAAGACGUUUUCUUUUAAACGUAAAAGAAAAUUGGAUUCCAAUUCUACUUCAACAACUGCUGAUUUUACAAACGAUGAAACACCCUCUAGAAAAAAAAGAAGCAACAACACAAUACUUUCAAAAAAACACCCGCUUGGUAUAAUACCAUGGGGUAAUUAUUAUUAUUUAUCAACGCAAAAAGACUUUAAAGGAGAUUGUCGAGCAUCUAGUCUUGGUGAUCUUGCUUACUUGAUUGAUGAGUUGAUUUUAGAAAUAAUUGAAUACCUUGAUCCAAAAGAUUUACUAAACCUUUCCUCUACUAGCAAGGUUUUAUAUUGUUUUGCGACUUUUGAUGAGCUAUGGAAACAAUUCACUAUAGAAAGAUUUGGCGGUGAUUGGAUUUGGGAAGGGACAUGGAAACACACAUUUUUGAAAACAUCAUCAUUAUUUAAAGAAAAUAUUGGUAAAAACAAAAUUACUUCCAAGCCAACAACAACAACUGUUCACCUAAAUAAUUUCUUUAGUGAUGUGUUAUUUCAACCGUUUCUUUGCAGUUCAAUUGAACUGGAUCAACAAUACCUUGGAAAUGAAACCAUAGAUCGUAGAUCAAAUCUUACUAUGGAUGAAUUUAUUAACGAGUAUGCCAUUCCAAACAAGCCAGUAAUUAUCACAGACAUAGUUACUAAUUGGCCAGCUUUUAAAAAAUGGUCAUUGGAAUAUUUGGUUGAAAAUUUUGGUGAUGUUAAGUUUCGUGCAGAAGCAAUUGAUAUUAAAUUAAAGAAUUAUAUUCAGUAUGCAAAAAAUACUAUGGAUGAGAGCCCACUGUAUUUGUUUGAUAAGAAUUUUGGUGAUACUUCACGUUCAGGAUCAACUUUUCAUAAAGAUCCUAAUUCCACAUCUGCAUGGAAUGCAGUUAUAAAAGGUUCUAAAAAAUGGAUAAUGUAUCCUCCAGAUUCUUUACCACCAGGCGUUUUCACCAGUGCAGCUGAAGUAACAUCACCAAUAUCAUUGAUGGAAUGGUAUUUAAAUUUCUAUAAAAUGGCAUUGAAAUCAAAACCUCGCCCACUAGAGGGAAUUUGUAAAGCUGGUGAAAUUAUUUUUGUGCCAAAUGGUUGGUGGCAUUCUGUUCUGAAUUUGGAUGAUUCUAUUGCAAUUACACAAAAUUUUGUUGGAACCUAUAAUUUAAAAAAUGUUUUAAAAUUUUUACAUGACAAACCUGAUCAAGUAUCAGGAUUUUCUAAAUCAAUUUGGUCAUCAUCACUUGAACAGGUUUAUGAUAUUUUUUAUGAAAAAUUAAAAAAAUAUUAUCCUAAUCAAUUAUCAUUAUCAUCAAUAAUAACAAACAAUGGUAAAAGGAUAAAGGAUGAUGAUGAUGAUAAAGAAAAAACUUUAAAUUCAAAUUCAUCUUUAUGGUCACAAUUAACUAAAAACAAUCAAAAAGCCAAUCUUUCAAUUUUAGAGUUACCCAUUCAAUACCCAGAGUUAAUGUUAAUAAGGAGAAGCAUUCCUAACAUAUCUCCGAAAGAGGAAGAAAAUGAAGAUAAAAGAGAUGAGAUUGUUCUUUCUUUACAAGAACAAAUAGUUCAAUUACAAAAAGAACUAAUUGAACCAAAAGCAAACAAAGAAAAUCUCUCUAAAUUGGAAUAUAAUAACAAAAUUCUUCUUUAA